AAAUCAAAUCAUAAAGAAAAAAAAGAAUAAAAAUCAUAACCAAAAUAUUUUUAAAAUGGCAAUCACCAAAGUGAGAAGAAGCUUGUUGGUCUCGAUGGUGUUCUUCUUCUUCAACGUUCAUCAUCUUCAAGUUAUGAGUUCUCCACAUAAGGAGAAAAAGAGCUGUACAAAUAAGGAUAGGAAAUUAUUGGAGUUUCCAUUGAAUUUGGAGUAUCUUGAAGCUGAAUUUUUCUUGUUCGGAGCAUUGGGAUUUGGCCUUGAUAAAGUUGCACCUAAUUUAACGAUGGGAGGGCCAAGUCCUCUUGGAGCUCAGAAAGCUAAUCUUGAUCCUUUGACAAGAGAUGUUAUCUUGCAGUUUGCUUGGCAAGAGGUUGGCCACUUGAGGGCAAUCAAGAAAAGGGUGAAAGGAUUUGCCAGACCACAACUUGAUUUGAGUAAAGAAUCAUUUGCUAAUGUGAUUGAUAAAGCAUUUGGAAACAAAGUUGUGCCACCAUUCAAUCCUUAUGCCAAUUCUUACAAUUACCUCAUUGCUUCAUAUUUGGUCCCUUAUGUUGGUCUCACCGGCUACGUUGGCGCUAACCCUAAACUGAAAUGUCCAUCCUCAAGAAAGUUAGUAGCAGGACUUUUGGGAGUAGAAUCAGGCCAGGACGCAGUGAUAAGAGCAAUGUUAUAUGCCCGGGCUUCACAAAUAAUACAUCCUUAUAAUAUCACGGUCGCGGCCUUCACGAAUAAGAUCUCAGAGUUAAGGAACAAAUUGGGAAAAGCCGGACUAAAAGAUGAGGGAUUGAUGGUGCGUAAGGCCGAUGGCGCAGAAGGAAAAGUGAUUGGAAAUGUAUUGGCGGGUGAUGAGUCAUCUCUCUCUUACGAUAGAACACCUGAGGAGAUUCUACGAAUUGUGUAUGGAAGUGGAAAUGAGAGUAUUCCCGGUGGAUUUUAUCCUAAAGGAGCUAAUGGAGAUAUAGCUAAGUUGUAUUACUGAUGGUAGCUGGAGUUUUAAUUUCCUUUGGAAUUAUAGGAGAGAUUACAAAAUAGUAAUGGUCGGAUUAAUGUAAUACAUGUGAGAAAUAAAUUUUCAAAAUUC